CGGGAUUUACAUUAAUCCCUUCUUUGCAGUGUGCGCUGGGGGUUCAUUUAUCUGCGCAGCUAGAUUCUAAAUCAUACAUUUCCCGGGUGACUUUCGAAGGUGUUGCAAGUGUUGUAGCCAGCGUCGAUAAUGGUGGUUCUCGUGCUCAUCGCAUUGGUGCUGGCCUUGGCCAUUGUGCAGUUCAUCAAGUAUAAGAAAAGUAUGCUGUUUACCAAAAACAUACCGUCGGUUGAACCCUGCCUUCCGGUCGUCGGCAAUGGAAUGCUGUUUCUCGGCAAAAGUGAAGAAGAACAAUUCACCAAUCUGGCUAACGCUUUAAGUCAUCCAGCGAAACUGUUUAUUCUGUGGUUCGGGACAGUUCCAAUGGUAUCCACCAACGACCCGCAUGUGAUUCAAAAGAUUUGCACUCAACCGGAGUUUUUGGAAAGAUCCUAUUUCUACGAGUUCUUCAAACUAGACUAUGGAAUUUUUUCGGCUAAAUAUCAUAUCUGGAAAAAUCAACGGAAGGCGCUGAAUCCGACGUUCAACAAAAAAAUUUUGGACAGUUACAUCCCACAGUUCGACAGGUGCGCUCAAAAUUUGGUCCGAAAGCUGUCGGUCCAUGCGGACAAAGAACCAGUACAGCUGACGUCAUUCAUGCUUCGAUGUACACUGGAAAUGGUUUGUGCUACCACCCUCGGGGUGGAUAUCAACCAGAAUCCGGGCGUGGACAAACUUGUUAGUUUGAUUAUGACACUAGUACAUUUGUGCUCGAAGAGAAUUGUUCGAAUUCAUCACCAUUCGGAAACGAUUUACCGAUUAUCAUCAAAAGAAUACAAAGAGGAUACCAAGCUCAGGAAAGAAGCUUACCGAAUAGGAAAUGAACUUUUACAAGCCGCAAUCGAUCGAAAAACUGCCGAGGAAGCUCAACGAUCUACGGCUGAAGACAGUGCCAAAGAUGAUGAUGGCUUCCGCAAAUCACAGAAUUUUGUUGACCAACUAUUAGAUGAGCGUGAAGGUAGUAAAUUGGAAGUUAUCGAAAUUCUUCAUAACGUGUAUACGAUAAUAGUGGCGGGAAGCGAUACGUCUGGAACCGAAUUGGGCAUAAUAUCGUUGAUGCUAGCGACACAUCCCGAAAUGCAGGAGAAAGUUUACGAAGAAAUCAUGACGGUUUACCCGGCAGAUGUUGAUUUGGAUCUCAAUCCGGAAACGUUGCGCCAGUUGGUGUACACUGAAAUGUUUCUAAAAGAGUGUCUGCGGCACUUUCCAGUGGCCCCACAUAUCUUCCGAACACCAAUGAAGGACGUUGAGCUCGAAGGUGUACGUAUACCGAAAGGUACCAUGUUGUGCAUUAGUAUUUACAACACCCACCGGCGUCAGGAUCUUUGGGGUCCAAAUGCUGAAAAGUUUGAUCCGGAAAUGUUUUCCCCAGAACAAAGUGAAGGACGGCAUCCGUUCGCAUUCAUGCCCUUCAGUGCAGGUGCUCGCAAUUGUCUUGGUUACCGCUACGCUAUGAUUAGUCUGAAAGUCGUUCUAGUCCAUUUAGUGAGGAAUUUUAGACUGAAAACACACUUGAAAUACGAAGAUGUGUGCUUUAAAUUUGAUUGCCUUCUAAAACUUUCGAACGAACCGGCAAUCAAUUUGGAGCGAAGAUUCAACGUUAAAAACAAAGCUUUUGGCUGGAGAAAGUUACUGGUGCACCUAUCGUCGAAGGUUUCGCUACCGUACAGUGGCAACUUUUUACUAGAGAAAGAAGUAGUGCCGCUGCACCUGCCAUUGACACUGCUACCACUACCGCUGCUGCUAUCCGCUGCCACUGCGGCUGCUGCUAAUGAGCGAGCAAUGUGGCUUCUCCUGGUUUCGGUGGUCUUUUUCCUCGGCGUUGUGAUUACCAUUAUCGGUAGUAAAUAUUUCUUGUUGUAUGGUAAAAAUGAAGUUCAACGUUUCGGCCUGAUGGUUGGACUGUUCCGCAAUUGCAAACGGUUGUUCCGGGUGCGCUUUGGACCUUUAACCAUUUUAUGUACGAACCAUCCGGAGGUGAUUCAACAGAUUCUACCGGAUUUGGACUGUGUGGAGAAGCCGUUAUUUUAUCGAUUUACUGGUUUGGAAAAUGGAUUACUGAGUGCUAAGCAUCACAUAUGGAAAAGUCAAAGAAAAGUUUUGAACUCUACGUUCAACUUGAAGAUACUCAAUAAUUUUAUUCCCAUAUUUGAGUCGUGUUGCUAUAAAAUGGUGCAGGAAAUAAACAAACUAGAAGACGGCUCAACGAUAAACAUUUUAAAUUACGCUUCGAAAUGUACUCUAGAGAUGGUUUUUGGCACUACAAUCGGAAUGGAUGAGCUAGAAAAAAGCAACCAAGAAGUUUUCUUGGGUUAUAUUGAACGCCUAUUCAACUUAGUUUCUGAAAGAAUGUUAACUUUGCAUUUACAUUUUAAUUGGAUCUAUCGUUUCACCAACAAUUACCGGGAAGAUCGAAAGCUCAGAUCAAUUUGCAUGGAGAGUGCUAACCAGUUGAUAACCGACAAGAAGCUGCAUAUCGCUAGCAAGCCAAAAAAUCACAAAAACAUUACCGACAAUCCCUGUCUAGAGGAUAAACUCAAAAUACCAAAAAUAUUCAUCGAACAGCUGUUGGAAAAUUCUAUCGAUGGCAGAGUUUUUACCAGCGAAGAAAUCUAUCAUAACGCGUACACAGUUAUUUUGGCGGGUAAUGACACGUCAGCGCUAUCACUAGCAUACACUUGCCUUUUCUUGGCCAUGUAUCCACACAUUCAGAAUAAGGUUUAUGCCGAAAUUCAGCACAACCUGCCGGACAAGGGCUGGCCCAUAACUCUCGAAAGUCUAAAACAGUUGGAAUUCAUGGACAUGUGCAUCAAGGAAACAUUGCGUCUGUGUCCGGUAGUUCCAAACAUUGCCAGACAAACCAUAAAGAAUAUUUCAAUCGAUGGCCAAGCUGUUCCGAAAGACAGUAUUAUUAUUUUGUCCCUGUACACGCUGCAUCGACGUGUGGAUUUUUGGGGCCCAAAUGCGAGUCAAUUCAAUCCGGAAAAUUUUCAUCCUGACCGAGCGAAACAACGUCAUCCGUAUGCUUAUCUACCGUUCAGUGGAGGUCCUCGAAAUUGUAUAGGUUGGCGAUACGCAAUGUUAAGCAUAAAAGUGAUGCUUGUUCAUUUGUUGCGAAAUUUCAAACUUCACACUAGCAUAAAGCAAUCGGACUUGCGCUUCAAGUUUGAUCUAACCCUUAAGUUGGCAUUUGACCACCAAAUACAACUUGAAAAACGUCGAUGGGAGCUUCCUACGUCUGGAUACGGCCCCCCAAACCAUCACCGACGCGGCACUCUAGAACUAACCCCAAACCUCCAGGAGAUUGAGGAGGAAAUCAGCAGCUUGAGCGCUGCACAGGGUGAUUAUCAGGAUCUGGGAGGAUGGGACGUUACCGGAGGAAUAGAUGUAAGCAAUCGUGUCUCCCAUCUACAAGACAAGCUGGAUUGUGGCAACUAUCGCGUACUCUCCUAG